CAAAGAAAAAACCAUUAAGAAACCGACGUUACCGUGUUUGUUAAUUCUUUUCUGUGGAGGUGCUUUUCUUUCCCUUUUCUAUUAUUAACACAUUCCAAUCCCAAUUUCUUUCCAUUCCUUCUCUUUCUUCUCCUUUCCACUACGCUUCGAUUUUCCUUUUUCUUCCUCUAAGGAAAGGGAAAAUCAUCAAAAAUCUUCAAACUCGAACCUAUUCCGAACCUGCAGAAUUCUUUUCAAUGGCGGAAGAACAUCGAUGCCAAGCUCCGCGUCUCUGCGCUAACAACUGCGGUUUCUUCGGGAGUCCCGCCAUGCAGGAUCUCUGUUCUAAAUGUUACCGUGAUUUGCAGCUCAAGGAACAGCGAUCUUCGUCGGCGAAACUGGUUCUCAAUCAAACCCUGAUUUCUCCUCCUCAAGCGGUGGUUUCUCAGGAGGUUGUUGUUGUUCAGCCUUCUUCUCCGGAGGCGGUGGUUGAGUCUUUACCGGUGGCGGUGGAGACUGUUGUUGGCACAUCGGUGCAGGCGAAUCCGAACCGGUGCGGGAACUGUAGGCGGCGCGUGGGGCUGACGGGAUUCAAGUGCAGGUGUGGAUUGACCUUGUGUGGGUCCCACAGGUAUCCGGAGCAACACGGGUGUGAGUUUGAUUUUAAGGGGAUGGGGAGAGAGCAGAUCAAGAAGGCGAAUCCGGUGGUGAAGGGAGAAAAGUUGAACAAGAUUUGAACGAUGAAGGGUAUUAUUGUAAUUUCGGGUUUGUUACAAAAAGGGUCAAGUAUUUGGAUUUGAUUGUAUGGGUCGGGUGAUCCGUUUUCGGACGGGUUAAUUGGGUGGGUGGGGGAUUCGGGAAUUGUUAUUUCAUUUCGAUGUUGUUAUUUCAUGUUAAUAUUAGUUUAAUAAAAGUUUCAUUUUAGUUUCAUAA